AUGUCGGUUGCUACUUAUCAAGAGAGGGCUGCAAAGCAUCCAAGUCCUGUGGCUUCAAAACUUUUGAAUUUGAUGCAUGAAAAGAAGACCAAUCUAUGUGCUUCAUUAGAUGUGAAUACCACCGAAGAAUUGCUUAAAUUAGUCGAUACUCUAGGUCCUUACAUCUGUUUGUUGAAAACACACAUCGAUAUCAUUUCUGAUUUUUCCAUUGAUGGUACUGUGAAGCCUUUGAAAGAAUUGGCCAAAAAGCACAACUUUAUGAUCUUUGAGGACAGGAAAUUCGCCGAUAUCGGUAACACUGUCAAGCUACAGUAUUCUUCAGGUGUCUACAGAAUUGCCGAGUGGGCUGAUAUUACAAACGCCCAUGGUGUCACUGGUGCUGGGAUCGUCACUGGGUUGAAACAAGCGGCUCAAGAGACUACAAACGAACCAAGAGGUCUAUUAAUGUUGGCUGAACUAUCUUCUAAAGGUUCUUUGGCCCAUGGUGAAUACACCCAAGGUACUGUCGAAAUUGCUAAGACAGACAAAGAUUUCGUCAUUGGAUUCAUUGCCCAAAGAGACAUGGGAGGAAGAGAAGAAGGAUUUGACUGGCUAAUCAUGACACCAGGUGUUGGCCUAGACGACAAGGGCGAUGCGCUGGGUCAACAGUACAGAACUGUCGAUGAAGUUGUCUCUACGGGGUCAGACAUCAUCAUUGUCGGCAGAGGACUUUUCGCCAAGGGAAGAGAUCCAAGAGUAGAAGGCGAACGUUACCGUAAAGCCGGCUGGGAAGCAUACGAGAAGAGAUGCCAGUAA